GCUAGGAUGGCCGUCGUCGGGCUUCUUUGCAGUAACGAAAUUAGCGGCGGCGGUUGUGACAAGAUUACUACGUAAUUUCCGAGAAGAUGCGACAGCAGAAUGCACCCGAUCGUUCCGCGUGACCGAUUGAAGUGACGGAAAGUGUUCGUCGUACGUCCGUCCGCGCGAGCGUCAGAUAUUAUGCGGUUUCAUUCAACACGCCCGUGUUGCGGCAUGAUCAAAUGAGGGAGGCUGGCUUUCGUUUCUCGACAUUCCGAAUCUACAAAUCGAAAUGGUUUCCCUUACGCGAGGCUGUUUCGUUGCGCUUCUUUAUGCUUUUUCAGCGAUUUUGACGAAUACCGCAGGCUCAAGGGUGCUCGAGCUAAGUGACAGAUUUUUAGAUAUACACAAAGAUGGACAAUGGCUAGUAAUGAUGUAUGCGCCAUGGUGUGCACAUUGCAAAAGAUUGGAACCAGUUUGGUCUCAUGUUGCUCAACAUUUGCACGCAACACCGAUAAGAGUUGGACGGGUGGACUGCACUAGGUUCAAUAGUGUGGCCACUGCAUUCAAAGUUAAAGGAUUUCCCACUAUUCUAUUUUUAAAAGGUGAUCAGGAAUAUGCGUACUACGGCGACAGAACUAGAGAUGAAAUAGUUAAAUUCGCUUUAAGACUGAGCGGCCCUCCUGUGCAAGAAAUAACGAAACCUCAGAGUUUCUUUACUAUAAAGAAAGAUCGUGAUCUCUAUUUCUUAUAUGUCGGCGAUAGAUCUGGAGUUUUAUGGGAACUUUAUCACAGGGUUGCGAAUAUAUUUCAAGCGCAUGCAUUUUUUUAUCAAUCUCAUCCAACUAUAGUAGAUAAGCAUGCACCCGUGGAAAAUGUUCCAGCAUUGUUCGUAUACAAGGAGAGUUCGCAUUAUAAUUUCACUGGACACAAUUUAAGCGACAUAGAUAAAGUAAACGAGACACUUUACAAAUGGGUGAACGCGGAACGUUUUCCGACGUUUCCAAAGGUGACCAGAGGAAACAUUAAUCAGUUAUACUUAACAAAUAAGAAUCUCGUCUUGGCAGUGGUGGAGGAAAAUCAGCUGGAGGAGGUCGCACCCGACAUGCUGGAAUUCAGGGACAUGGUCGAAUCUGUGAUCAAGAGUAAACGAGAGAAAUAUCACGAUCAUUUUCAGUUCGGUUGGAUAGCUAGUCCCGAUCUAGUCAAUAACAUAGCGAUGAUGGUACUACCCUUACCGAGCUUAAUUGUAAUAAACACGACUACAAACCACCAUCACAUUCCCGACGAUGAAACAGAGAAACUUACACCACACGUGAUAGAAUUGUUCCUAGAGCAGAUUCGCAAUGAAAGUGCUCCGCGAUACGGCGGAAACAGUUGGUUAGUACGUAUUUAUAGAUCUUGGUUUGAAAUGAGAACCACUCUAGCUUCAAUGUGGAGAGGUAAUCCUAUUUUAACGGGAGUAAUGUUCGGAACACCAGUUGGAUUUCUAUUGUUAAUAUGUUAUGGCAGUUUCUGCCCAGAUAUCUUGGACGCAAACGACGAAGAAGACGAGAACGCUUCGUCGAGCCAUAUGAAAAAUGAUUAAGAAUAGUAUAUAUUAUAUGGAAUUUUUCGAGACACGUUUUUCAUUAUGUUUAGUGUAUAUAAACGCUUAUGGUUGCGUCUUGUUCUUAACGAGAAUUUGCCAAACCAGUCUUAAGAUUGUGAGAACUUUUAUACAGUAAUGUGUAUCGCUGACAUUCCAUAAAUUUUUAUUUUCCUGGUAAGUCCAUUUUUGCAUAUAUAUGUACUUAAUUCUUGUAAUGUUUUUAUGAUUGUGUGUAAAAAAAAAAAAAGAUGGAUAUUCCAUGAGACAAUACCUUCUGAAUUAAGCGGAUAUGUACACACUCGGAAAAAUUUGUCUUUUAAUACAGCUUUAAUGAAGAGAGAAUGUAACAUAUAUCAAAAAUCUGUAUAUUAAAUAUGAAUAUUCACAUAAUUUGUCAAACUAUAUUGAAUAUCAAACUAAGCUCUGAUUUCUUUUUAUAUAUAAUAAAGAAAAAGUAAUGGUGAUAUUAUUUAACAUUAUGUAAGUUGUGCGAAAUUGUUGCUGUAUUAUGUAGAUUGUGUGAUUGUACAUUUUUUUUUCAUGGGAAUGAGAAAUAAUCUCGUGCGCAUUACUCAUUUGUUGAGUAUAUAUUUAUAUGUAUCAAAUAAAAAAGGUAAACAUUU